CGACCAGCUGGGUAAAUAUGGCGUCUGUCUCUGGAUGUGAACGUUAACUGGAGCUGCUGUCUGUCACGGGGGCUUCUGUCGCACCUUCCCGCCGUGUUUUUGCUCACAAAUCAGCAACGUGACGGGUGGAAAUGUAAAGAGGAGAAGGAGAGGAGCUUUCCAGUGAUGUCGCCUCGUAUUUUUUUCCCUCUUGCACAGCGUGAGUGGUGUGAUGUCUGCUCGGAGGCUGAGACUGGCGAUACAUAAGGACUGAUGUUAACGGGUGUCCUGCGGCUGUAUUUCCUUUAUCGGACACGGAUGCUGUUGUGUAGACUGGUGCCUGGUGUGUAGACUGGUUACUGUGUGUAGACUGGUCCCUGUAUGUAGACUGAUUACUGUGUGUAGACUGGUCCCUUAUGUGUAGACUGGUCCCUGUAUGUAAACUGGUGACGGUGUGUAGACUGGUCCCUGUAUGUAGAUUGAUUACUGUGUGUAGACUGGUCCCUGUUGUGUAGACUGGUCCCCAUUGUGUAGACUGGUCCCUUAUGUGUAGACUGGUCCCCAUUGUGUAGACUGGUCCCCAUUGUGUAGACUGGUCCCCAUUGUGUAGACUGGUCCCUGUUGUGUAGACUAGUCCCCAUUGUGUAGACUGGUCCCUUAUGUGUAGACUGGUCCCUGUAUGUAGACUGAUCCCUAUGUAGACUACUUCCUGCAGGGGUUCAGCUAAUGUUAAAGCCCACUCUGCUGUGGUAAAUCACAUAAAGCAGCUAGAAUUUGUACACCCUGUCCAGCUGUAUGACCAGUAUCUUUCCCAUCGCUGCUGUAUAAGAGCAGAAUGACCAGUCUGAUUAUACUUUCUGCGGCCGCCCUUCACCGCUGUGCUCUGACAGCUGUUUUAUGACUGUCGGUGGCGCUGCAGUGUGUGUUGUGUCUCUCAUGCCUUUCUCGACGACACCACUAUGAUAGGCUCCCCGGACGUGGUGGCGUUCACUAAAGAGGAUGAGUAUGGCCAGGCUAAUCCAGACCCCUGGGCUCUCCCGGAGGAGUUCUCAGUUCCCCUCCAUCCGCUGGCUGACUCCAACCCCUGGGCCAAAACCUCCUACGCCAAGUUCACCAAAGACUUCAUCCUCAUCUCUGAGUUCUCCGAGCAGGUGGGCCCUCAGCCUCUCCUCACCAUCCCCGAUGACCCUAAAGUCUGCGGCACGUUCGAUCUCAACUACUUCUCCCUCCGCAUCAUGUCAGUGGACUAUCAGGCCUCAUUCGUAGGGCAUCCGCCCGGCAGCGGCUACCCACGGCUCAGUUUUGUGGAGGACUCGAGGGUGGUGCUGGGCGAUUCAAAAGAGGGGGCGUUUGCCUACGUCCAUCAUCUGACCCUUUACGACCUGGAAGCAAGGGGCUUCGUGCGACCGUUCUGCAUGGCGUACGUCGCAGCAGAUGAGAGGAAAAUCAUGCUGCAGUUUCAGGAGCUGUCCCUCCGCUUCUCUCAGGCCUCCGAGUGUCUGAAGGCUGGGAAUAGGAGAGCGUUCGCCAAGGAACUCCGGAGGAAGCUGCAGGACCUUGAGUACACUCACUCGGUGCUGCAGCGGGAGGAGGGCCUGCAGAGAGAGGCGGGGCCUCAGUGCAUGUACUCGGCUCACGCUGUGGAGAAGGCCAAUGAACUUGCAAAUGUCGAAAAGAGUAUUUAUGAACACAGAGACCUACUGAGGCAGAUCAGCUGCUACCAUCGCCGUCCACGCCGGGACCCUCACGCCGUCACCUGCCAAAAGUGUAUGACCGAGUGCUUGAGUGAGUGUGAGGAGCUGCUGGAUAAAUACGUCAAGCUUGCCAACCCUUUCGGUUACAGCGAGAAAGAGGAGGAAGGACAGGGUCAGCUUGAUGAUGAAGGCGGUGAUGAAGAAGCGUAUGAGGACGACGAUGAGGGCGUUAAACGCAGGCCGUCCUACACGCCACAGCUGAUUAAAGCCAAGUCUGCCAAGUGUUUCGACAAGCGCCUGAAGACGCUGCAAGAGCUGUGUGACGAAACUUUCUACGAAGCCACUCUGGAGCUGCUGAAGGAGACGGAGAGGAGUUUCCGGGGGGAUCUUUGUUACCUGCACACUCGCCGCUUGGACAAGGCUCUCCGCAGAAAACAGCGAGUUGCAAACUUCUUGUUUGAGGAGGACCUUGGUGAUGAUGAUGAAGAUGAAGUAGAAACACUAAGACCAUUCUGUGCUGUGAACCAUGCCAUAGACGGCUAUAUACUCUUAAAUCCACCUCCUAUUGUGCUGGGACCAGAACCUCUUGAGCUAGACGUACUGGAACCUCCAGAUCCUCUAGACCCAGCCUCUGAGAUGAGCCAUACUCAGGAGAGUGAGCUUGGUCUUGGGGAGAGCCAUCUGGAGUCAUCCCCCUCAGACCAGACUCUAGAGACCCAGGAGAGCUCAGAGGAGACCAAAGGAAGCUUCAGCAGCGAUAAGAGUGGAGUAGGUCAAUCAGAGAAGCAACAGAGUCUGACUAGUAUGAAGUCAGAGGCACCUGAUCCUGAUUCGGACUUGACCCCUGACCCUGACCAUAACACUGACCUGGAGAGGGAGAGUAGCAGUGAAGAGAUGGAGACCACUGCAGGGGACGAUGAGGGGGACAACGGGGGAGACCAGACACCUGUGUCUUUACUGGAGAUGGUGUCUGAGCUACAGGCCAGUAAGGAGGAUGAGUGUGGAGGCGGGAAUGAGUCCGACUUGUUGGUUCCAAUUGAUACAGCAUGCUGUAUGGCCCAGGAGGGUUUCCUUUAUGAGGCUUCUGCCCCGGACGCGAUGCCUUGCCUGCUCCAAAGCUCCCACCCACAGCCCUCCCCCACCCUGGUGGUCAACCAGGAGCCCCAGGCCCUUCUUCCACUGCAGGACGACUACACUGUGGGUUCUCCGUGCUCAGAAAGUCCUGCUACAGGGCUGGAGCUGCCUGUGGGCCAGCUUGGAGAUGCAGUUUCCCGUACCUCAGUGGAGGAUGGAUCAGACUGCACCAUGAGUGCGUCCACAGGGUCUGAUCGGGCGGCCUCGCCUCUCGGCUAUGGGAGGGUAGUGACCCUAUGUCAACGGAAGAAGGCUGGGCAAGGAGCUUUGAGGUUUGUGCGUCAGUACCCCUUUGCCAUGCAAGCUCUGUGGUGUCUGCUGAGCGGCAGAACCCUGGUGGUGCUCGGGGCAGACGAGGGAAGAGUUCGCCGGCUGGUUGCUGCUCUGGCUCUCUUUGUUCCAGCUCCUGGGAAGUGUGGAGAGAGGGUUCAAGCCUGGCUGUCCUGUCCCUUCACCCUCACUGACCUGCAGAGGUGGAAACUUAUUGGCUUGCAAAGAGUUGCGUCUCCGGUGGGCUCCAGCAUGCUGUACUCACUGUCCCGCUACAGCCGCUACAUCUCCAUACUGGAUGCCGACCAGAAGACUUUGCGAUGUCCGCCGUACCGCGGCCGACUCCUUGCCAACAUCGCCGACCAUCGCACCUACAUCCGCCGCGGCUCCACCUACUUCCUCCACAUACAGAGCACGCUCUGUCACCUGGCAGCCAAGGCCUUUCUGUUCACCUUCACCCACCACCUCCACCUGCCCGUCAGCUCCACAGAGGGACCCGAGGUCGUCGAGGGCCGGCGUCGCUGCUUCCUGCAGGAGCAGCUGGGGCUGGGCGAGGAGGACAGCCAGAUACUGCUCUACCUCAGCCAGCUCAUCACUCAGCAGUACCUGCAGCCUGCCGCCGGGAGCAGCGCAGCAGCACCCUGUUUUAGUUUUAACUACACCACCAGCGUUUUAUACAAAAUCUAAUAAUAUACUGGGGGGAGGAUUCUUACUCACAUUUUAGCAAAAAUCGUCUGUGACACUUUGAUUUUUAAUGGACCAAAGGUGAUCUGAAUAAGGUCUAUGGUCAGUUUAGUUUCAGGACAAACUCAGUGCACUGCGUUGUUUUAUCUGUGUUGAAUCUCUCUCUGCCUUGCUUUCUUUUACUCUGCUCUCGCUCUUUUCUCUGGUUGAAGGGAAAAGGCGACGGCCAGAUGUGAAUAUCCGUGAGUUGCUCACUUGUGUGUAUUUGAUCUGGAGCAUGUUGAUGCUCAGAAACACGCAUAACAGAGCAGACAAAAGCCAACUUUGCUCAUUGUCUUUUCAGUCAAUUGUGUGUGUGUGGUUUUUUUUUGUUUUGUUUUGUUUUUUUUAAUCAUGCAGAAAUUAAUCCAACAUGGUGGUCUAUGUGUGCUGGUCCGACCUUAGCCAGCUUACUAACAGGUUCAGUCUCUGCUAUGCGUUAAUUAUGGCAAGCCGUUUUAGCUUUAAUAGCUGGACUGGAUAUCUGUAAAUUAGUUCUUUCUAAUCAGGCAGAAAAUUUCAAAUAUCCAGGACAAAGAGCUGAAUUCUGACUAGUUGUAAUUCUAGCUUUAGAUAUCUAGUUUCCUUCAAAUCAGUAUUAAAUUAGAUUCUUCCCUGUCUGUAGUUAUAUCAGAAGCUACAGUAAGUCAUAGACAGAAGCAUACUAUGGCACUGCAACUGUAACUGCGUAUGACAAACCAUUUUACCACCAAGUCAGAGAAGUCUGAGGGUGAAGUUCUAGUAAAUCUCAACCACAACUCGCUAAUGGACGAAGCUGUUAUUCUCCACAAACUCCUUCCUCUUUGUAUUGCAUGCAUUUCCUUACCAUUUUCUCCACCACAGCUGCCGCCAUCACUUCUGCUGACACUGUUCAGAUGUUUUGCUGGAACAAUAUCCAAUGUGAAGUCUGGCUUGCACAACAAAUGACUUGUCAUAAUGGAUGUGAGAUGUAUGCAGCUAUUAUUCUGCAUUCUGACAAGUCGAAACUCAAUUCUAGAUAUUUCUAGCUGUUGCUGUGACGGGUCAGUAUGAUGUUAAACAUAUGUGAAAUAAAAGUCACAGUGUAAGUAUGACUAGUAAAAAUGACACUAAUUUCUGAUUGGAGAUAGUUAAACUGGGCUAUUAAAUGUUAAAACAGCUUGUCAUAUUUAACACCGAACUGUCACUGAGCAGUUAGUCAGCUGCAAUAUCACCCAGACUAUAUGUAUUUAAUAGAACUACAGUAAUAAACUUACUUAUGCUGACAUUUUCUGCCAAUCAGGAACAGAUGUCCGUCGAAGAAAUCUGAUGACCUCCAUGCAGGCUUGUUACAGCUGGUUUUGUGACAUGCCUGCUUUUUAUUGACUCCCAUAUAACUUCUUUGAAAUCUGUCAUUUUUAUGUUUUUGUUUCACUUGACCAAACUUUCAAACCUUGUGUUUUCUAAAUUAAUUUCACUACACAUUCCUGCAGUAACGGAUUUACUUUUAGUAGACUUGACUUUUUGCGAGUAUGGAGGAAACAUUCCCAAAACGCUGCUUUUGGGUUGUGAUGCAUGAGGACAUAUGUUCGAUGUGUGAAUCGGAUGCAGUUGGCUCUGUGUGAGAACUGCAUGUCCAGAGACAUGACGUCAUCGCGCACAUAUGUAGUCACCCGGCAGCCCGCGAAACCUGUCAACAUUCACUGCUGGCAAGCAUUUCCAUGGAUAUUACUCACACAGUCAGAAAGAUUUUAAAGCUACUCAGCCUAAAUGUAUUCAAUUUCACUAUUGUCUUAAAGUUGUGUGAAUGUUGUGGUGUCAGCAUGAGACUGUCUUGUGCCAGGGUGAUCAAUGUGUCGAUAAUAUUUCUGUUUUGUUAUAUUUGGAUGAACUGACUUGGACAAGAACGGUUUAAGAAGAUGUUUCUGCGAUAGUGAUGUUUAUUUGUACAGUUUUUAUCAUUAGAAAAAUUAAUUUCCUGUGCCAUCAAAAGUCUAAGUUUGAUUUAGAGCAGUUGUGUAACCCCGAUUUAAUCAACUUUAGCUGUUGGUGUGCAAUGAAAAGCCAUCUGUUGAGUAUUUAUUGUUUUUGGACCAAUUUUGGCUCAUGGUCAUUAUGCUGAGGGCACCCAGAGUUUCUGUUUGGGUAACGGUCCAAGUUAAACCGCCUUCAACUGUGUCUUUAGCUUCUGCUAUUACUAAUUCUGUGGCGUCAGUGAUGGAGCUGUGAUUCUGUAUUUAGACUGAUAAUUGUACUUGUGGCUACAUAGUCAGAGUGUUCAUGUGAAAGGUCAGGCAACGUGGGAUCAUAGCUGCCGCCCUUCGACUAAAAACAAGGAUUUUUGUCACCCCUUUUAAUUCCAUUCUAUGUUAAAUUAUGAACGUAACAAUUCAGAUUUACUAUGGUAAAGAAACAGGCUCCUCAGUAGGAACUCAAUGUGACAAAUCUGAGUACACCUUUCAUUACUGACAUCAAAGUCCUUCAUUUUUCUAUACUUUGCAUGUCCACCUUUCUUUUUGAUGACAGAGUCGGUCCUCUUUGAUAUGGAGGAGACAGAUUAUUGUUCUCUGUAAAACACUCCAAAGGUUUUCUAUUGGAUUCAAGUCAGCCAACACGCUUGUCCAGGUUGUGUUUUAGACUUUUUGUGUGAUUGUGGCUGUGUGCUUUGGAUCAUGGUCAUGCUGGAAUAUUCUGCAGACAGGGAGUCACCUGGUCAGCCGGUAUUUUAAUAUAUCCACAGCCAUUCACUGUGCCAUCUAUAUAUAUCAUCUCGCCAACCCUGUUUGCACUCAUGCAGCUCCAUGUCAUCACAACCCCACUCUGUACUUCACUGUCAGGACUGUGCAUUCACUGUGGUAAUCCUGGUCAGGUUCAAGGCAAACAUGCAUCCUUAAAGGCUCACAUUAUGCACUGCCCUUCAGGUUUACUUCAGUUUGAGCUGUCACAGAAACUCUGAUUUUCAUUGAUUUUCUCUGUGUCAAGUCUGAAAUACCGACCAGUUUGUUUUCCAGAGUUAGAUUGUAGAAGUAGUGCUGUUCAUGGAGUCAUUUUUGGCUCUGAUUAGUGGUACUAUGACUCAUUCUACUCCUCCUGAUCACUGCCAUAGAUGGUCUAGUGUGUCACUGAUCUACCUGCAUCUUUUUUUCGUCUUUGUAAAGUGUCCUAUUUAAAAUCCUUUAGCAGUUCUUUUCCGUGUGGAGCCAUGAUGCUGAUAGACACAGUCCACAGGUCGAAAACCUCUCUAAGUUCUGGUGUUCACAGCUCAUUUAAUAACCACGUUAAUGCAGUUAUUCUGAUUGAAAAACAGUUUUUCUAACUUAUGUGUCAGUGGUCAUAGGUGUAUUCACUUUUGUGGCAUUCAGUGUCUACUUUGGGGCCUAUAUUUUCAAUAUAGUCUUUGUUUUUGAUUGAUCAUAAGAAGAAAUACUCUACAUUUUAACUUAGAAAAAAUGCGCUUAUUGCAAGGUGAUACAGUUUUACAUCAUUUUCCACUGAACCAGGGUCCUUGCAUACUGUAUUAUUUCAGUUAAGUGCAAAUUGAGCUUAAAGAGUAUCAUUUUUUUUGCUGCAUGUGAUGUCUUUUUGUUUUAUAAUUGCUUGAAUAACACAUUUUUCUGCUCGGAUGGUAUUGUGACUCCUGUUUUUAGCUAAUAUCCCUCUAAUUGCAAAAAGGUGAAUGUAAUCUGAAUAAGCCAUACCACAGUGUGCUUAACAUGUUGUCACUCAGUGUCCUUAUGUUGCCAUAUCAUGUCUACCUUUUGUAUAUCAUCGUGAGCGGGCGCUGUGCUCACUUCAGCCCUGUACGACGGCGUCAUCGCCAAUUAUUUUAAUAAAGCACGUUGUGAAUGUCA